ACGGAAACAUCAUAGGCCUGUCCCGCUGAUCCACACGCGAGAAACGUAUCUAGGAGACAUACAUACAUUUGAUUUGUUACAACGUGUCUGGUAUUUGACUGUUUGCUAGAAUGGAAAUGUUCAUCCAAAAUAUCAAUUUAUGAGAAAUCGACGUAAAUGGUCACUUUUCCUUUAAAUGUUCUCUGUUGUUCUGCAUAAUAUCCAGGAAGUGGGAGAGCGUUCUUCCCCAGCUGAUCCAGACGGAAGUCUCCUACUCAGAGGCUUUAACAUUCAGCGGUGACCAGACAAGGGGACAGUGUUAUUGGUAAAUAUCGUCUGGAAUUAAUCCCGUGGAUUAUCCGUGGGUGGUUUUAGUGGAGACACGGCCCGGUAUCCCCACCGCCUCUGUCUUUCUCCCGGUCGGUCGGGUGGAUCUGCCGUGGUAGGACUGUCAUGAGCCCGGGCUGGGAAUGGCAUCCUCUCCCAGUGUUUGUAAGAAGGUCGGGCCGGUGGAGGAGGAGAACGGAGAACCGGAUCAUUCUCUACAAGAGAUGUUGAAGGCGAUAGCCGACGAACGGAACCGUCUUACUGUCAGACAAGAAACGAGUGGACUUGGGUGUUUUAAGGACGACCGCAUCGUGUUCUGGACAUGGAUGUUCUCCACGUACUUCAUGGAGAAGCUGUCGCCGCGGGAACAGGACGACAUGUUGUUUUACGUCCGCAGGAAGCUGUCAUACGUCAGCCCCGACCAAUCAGAGGGCAAGAAGGUAGAUGUGGAGGUGUACAGGAGAGACUCUAAGAAGCUUCCAGGUUUAGGAGAACCUGACAUCGACUGGGAGGAGAGUGUUUACCUGAACCUGAUCUUAAUGAAGCUGGACUAUGUGGUGACGUGCGCCGUCUGCACGCGCUCAGACGCAGGAGACAUCCACAUUCACAGGAAGAAGUCUCAGCAAGUGUAUGCGUCGCCAAGUAAACACGCCAUGGACAGUAAAGGGGAGGAGUCUAAGAUGAGCUACCCCAACAUCUUCUUCAUGAUUGACAACUUUGAGGAGGUGUUCUGUGACAUGACGGUAGGCGAGGGGGAGAUGGUGUGUGUGGAGUUGGUAGCCAGUGAUAAGAGCAACACGUUCCAAGGAGUCGUCUUCCAAGGUUCCAUCCGCUACGAAGCUCUGAAGAAGGUUUACGACAACAGGGUGAGUGUGGCAGCGAAGAUGGCCCAGCGCAUGUCGUUCGGCUUCUAUAAGUACAACAACAUGGAGUUUGUCAGGAUGAAGGGGCCCCAGGGCAAAGGUCACGCUGAGAUGGCGGUCAGCCGGGUCCCGACCGGAGACACGUCCCCCUGCGGCACAGAGGAGGACCUGGACUCACCCCUACACGAGAGGGUGACGUCGUUCAGCACCCCUCCCACCCCGGAGAGGAACCGCCCCUCGUUCUUCUCCCCUUCUCUCCGUCGGAAGGUCCCCAGGAACCGUAUCACUGAGAUGAAGAAGAGUCACUCAGCCAACGAUAGUGAAGAGUUCUUCAGGGAAGAGGAUGACGAGGACCUGUGUAACCAGUCCAACCUGCGGUCUCGCUCCCUGUCGGGUACAGGUCGGUCCCUGGUGGGAUCUUGGCUCAAACUGAACCGUACGGAGGAGUACUUCCUGCUUUACUCCCACCUGACCUACGUCACCCUGCCGCUGCACCGCAUCACCUCAGAUAUCCUGGAGGUGAGACAGAAGCCCAUCCUGAUGACAUAGCAGAUCUCCAGUCCUCCUAACUGCCCCAGAGCCUCCCUACGAAGUGCCUUCCUGCAUCAGGCCCUGACUGACGCCACUACAAUCCAGUGGUGAGAUGGAAAACUACAGCAACAUUACCACCAUCUAGUGGUGACAUGGAGGAAUUACAGCAACAUUACCACCAUCUGGUGGUGAGAUGGCGGAAUUACAGCAACACUCCCAUCUGGUGGCGAUAUGGAGGAAUUACAGCAACACUACCACCAUCUGGUGGUGAGAUGGAGGAAUUACAGCAACACUACCACCAUCUGGUGGUGAGAUGGAGGAAUUACAGCAACACUACCAACAUCUGGUGGUGAGAUGGAGGAAUUACAGCAACACUACCACCAUCUGGUGGUGAGAUGGAGGAAUUACAGCAACACUACCACCAUCUGGUGGCGAGACGGAGAACUACAACCAAACCUGGAGUCGAUGGCAAGAGGUGACUAAAAAAACAACUUUGGAACAAUGAAAACCAGCCAAUCAAAAAAGUGCCUCUUCCCUCUGUCAUGUUCCUGCUCGAUGAGGAUUCGCCGGUGGGUGUGAGGCGGUCGCCAGGGAAACGGGCAUAGCAACCCACCUGUCAGGAUCACAAUGGUCGUGAAGUGCAGUGCCAUUGGCUGAACUCUGACCUGGAACUAAAAUGAUUUAGAAUGUCUCUGGACGAAUCUAAAAUGGAACUCUAUUCCCAAUUUAGUGCACUAAUGUUGGCUUUAGCCCUAUGUGGACUCUGAUCUAAAGUAGUGCUCUAUAAAAGGGAAUAGGGUGCCAUUUUGGACAACGGCUCCUGUUUUCUUGUAAAUAUCCUGCUGCUUAACUAUUCACUGAUAAGCCUUUAGGAAAGGUUACGCUUCUCCUGACGGAAACAUAAAGCUUCUGUCUGUUUUGUCGUUGCGUGUUUGUGUUUGUCUGCGAGGCGGGGAAGGUUAAAAGGAUUGUGUGUGUGUCUACAACGUUGUCUAAGUCCCAGGGCUUUGUGGAUGUGCUGCCUUCAGUCUAUCAGCACACCACUGGCACAUAAAGGAUGUUACUCUGAGACCAGAAUGGCACCGUAUUGACCAGGGAGUAGGUUUCCAUCAGGCUCACAGUCUGGAGAUCCUUCAACUCUUCAGUUUAACGUGACGAACUUUCAACAGGGAACUGAAAUUAUCAUCUACAUAAAAAACAAUGACUUGGAAAUUCACACACGUGUGAGGAGGAUUUUCCUCAGCACUGGAACAAGAUGGCUGAAUAUAGAAACACAGGGCCUGCUGAUACUCAGCUUUAGUAGCCGUAGAUACUAAACCCUGUUCCUGUCUGGUCUCGUCCCCAGGCUGCUGUUACGUGGAGCCUGGUAACUGUCUGGAACUAAGGGGGUGUGGCUUUACUGAGUGGUAUGCUAAUCAAUUCAAAUUCUGGAGCGAAUCACACGACUCUGAGAAGGGGGAGGGAGCCUGGGAUAGUUGUAUUUAUGGAAGCCCAUUCCUGCCAAAAUACAAUUAAAUGUCGACACUGCCUCAACA